UGACCGCUGAGCAGGCAGCACCGUGUCAAUGUGACAGCUGAUCAGGUGAAUGAUGCGCCACUAAGCGCUGUGGAGAGAGGAAAAAAGAGGAGGAGGGGGGAAAUAAAGAGAGUGCUCUCCACGGUUCUCUUCCCGAGACUGCGCGUCUGUCUUGGGCAGAGACGGAGAACAUCAUCGCGGUGAGCGGGACUGGAGCUGGACGCAGCCCUGCGCGCUCUCUCUCUCUGUGUCGGUCGCUGCGAAACGGGGGAUUCUUGCUUAUGAAUAUCCUGCACGAGCUGCGCUCAUUCUUGGCUGGCUGGUAUGCGGGACCAGUACGCUGAUAAAUACAGAUCUCCGUCUAACGGGGUUAAAAAGGAAUACAUUCGGAACCAUACACGGGGGCACGUUCAUGCUGAUGGAAAUUGACAUGUGCAACAGUGAUGGAAGAUAAGAAAGACAAGACAUAAGAGAAUUUUUUUUUUUUUUAGCCCUCGGAAGAAGAAGCCGGGCCUUUCCGCUUCAGCCAUCCAUGCGUUCAGCAGCCACGGCUCCCAGAAGGAUACACUGACCUUCGCGUGUUCUGCACGCAUGGAGUACCUCACGCAAGGUAAUUGAAAGAUCUCUCCUCUCAUCCGAAGGGCGAGGCCACGAGGAGCCGCCUCCGAUGCUUCCGGGGACACCCCGCAGAGGAACGGCGCCUGAUUUUUGUUUUGCCCCCCCGGUUACAAAGGAACCUGCCGAUUUGCCGAGUUAAAGCACGCUGAUCUGCCCGCGCUGUAAGGGACCCGUUUAAUUAGUGAAGGGGAACCGGGGCCAAGAUGAGGGACGUUCCGUUCCUGGUUUGUUUUUUCGCGGGACUUGCGGUGACGGGAUUCGUCCUGGCCUCGGGCGGGAAGGCCGACUGCCCUCCGCAGUGCUCGUGCGAAAUCCGGCCGUGGUUCUCCCCCAGCUCUGUCUACAUGGAGGCUCCCACUGUCGACUGUAACAACCUGGGGCUUUUCCUCCUGCCCGACAGACUACCGGCCGACACGCAGGUCCUGCUGCUGCAGACCAACAACAUGGCCGCGAUCGACAGGCCCCUGGAUUACCUGGCCAACCUCACCGAGAUCGACCUGUCUCAAAAUAACCUGUCCUCCAUGGGCGACGUCAACCUGGGUCGCGUCCCCCAGCUCCUGUCCCUGCACCUGGAGGAGAACUGGGUCCGGACCCUUCCCGACGGCUGUUUCGCCGAGCUGACCGGCCUCCAGGAACUGUACAUCAAUCACAACCUGAUCUCCUCCAUCGCGCCCGGGGGCUUCCUCGGGCUGAGGAGCCUUCUCCGGCUCCACCUGAACUCCAACAAGCUGCGGGCGAUCGACGGCCAGUGGUUCGAGGCCACCCCCAGGCUGGAGAUCCUGAUGAUAGGGGAGAACCCCAUCGUGGAAAUCCAGGACAUGAACUUCCAGCCUCUGGUCAGCCUCCGGACCCUGGUCCUGGCCAGGAUGAACCUGUCGGAGCUACCCGACCGGGCUCUGGAGGGCCUCGAAGGCUUGGAGAGCAUCUCCUUCUACGACAACACAUUCUGGCAGGUCCCUCACAGCGCCCUGAGUACCCUCCGAAACCUGAAGUUUCUGGACCUCAACAAGAACCCCAUCCAGAGAAUACAGAGAGGGGACUUUGCGGACAUGCUCCACCUGAAGGAGCUGGGAAUCAACAGCAUGCCUGAGCUGGUAUCCAUCGACAGCUUCGCCCUCAGCAACCUCCCGGAGCUGACCAAAAUCGAGGCCACGAACAACCCCAAGCUGUCCUACAUCCACCCCAACGCUUUCUACAAGCUGCCUCGACUGGAGACGCUAAUGCUGAACAGCAACGCCCUCAGCGCCCUGCACCGGAUUACAGUGGAGUCGCUGCCCAACCUGAGGGAAGUGAGCAUGCACAGCAACCCCAUCCGCUGCGACUGCGUCAUCCGCUGGAUAAACAUGAACAGGACCCGCGUGCGCUUCAUGGAGCCCGAGUCGCUGUUCUGCGCCGAGCCGCCGGAGUACGAGGGCCAGCGGGUGCGCCAGGUGCACUUCCGGGAGAUGAUGGAGAUCUGCCUGCCGCUCAUCUCCCCCGAGAGCCUCCCGCGGCGGGUCCGCGCCUCGAAGGGGACCUCCGUCUCGCUCCACUGCCGAGCCUUCGCCGAACCCGAGCCAGACAUCUACUGGGUCACGCCCUCCGGGGACCGCGUGCUGCCCGACGUCCCCCAGCGGAACCGGUACUGGCUCCACCCCGAGGGGACCUUGGAGAUCCAUGACAUUUCCGAGGGUGAGGCCGGGCUCUACACCUGUGUCGCCCACAACAUGGUCGGCGCCGAUCUUAAGUCUGUUUCGGUGGAAGUGGACGGGUACUUCCCCCGGCCGGCCAACGAGUCCCUGAAGAUCAACGUCAAGUCGGUGCAGCGCGAUUCCGUCCUGGUCUCCUGGAGGGCGGCCCAAGGGAGCCUGACGCCCAACAUAAAGUGGUCCGCCACCUUGAAGGCCGAGAACCAUCCCGCCGGGGCCUUCGCGGCCCGGCUGCCGACCGACGUUUCGGCGUACAACGUGACGCGGCUGAGCCCCUCCACCCAGUACGAGGUGUGCGUGGACAUCCCCAGCAUCCACCGCAGGCGCGACAAGAAGUGCGUGAACGUCACCACCGAGGGGCUGGAGCUCGCCACGGUCGGGAACGAGCGGACCUGGGACCGGGACGCCGCGGCCGUCGCGGCGGUCAUCGGAGCCGUGGCCCUCGCCGUGGUCUGCACGGUCUGCUCGCUCGCCUCCCUGUCCCUCAGAAACCGCCGCACUUUCGCCGACUGGCGGAAACCUCAGCCGAAACCCUCCCUCCUGAGCCCCGUGGCGGGGCUGCCGGCCCCCCUCACCAGGCUUUGGUUUUCCGGAAAGGGCCUUCCCGCCGCGGUUGAGGUAAAAGCCACGGUAAUCAACGUGUCAGACAAUUCCGUAUAAGCGAUGGUUAUCGCCGUGCCACUACAAAAACAAAAAAUAAACAAAAACAACAAAACGAACGAAUAGAAAAACAACACAAAAGAACGGACGGGUCUACACGGGCAGACACACAGAACCAUGUGAGAGCGUGCGUACGUUGCCUCGACGCUCUCGUUCAGAAAAAACGUUAUAACCAGAUAUAACAAUUCAGGGGUUCCGCCGACGCCGCGCGCGCGCACGUUGCGGAGAUGACGCGUGCCGCCGAGCGCCCGACGAAUCGGCUUUAAAAACCACCGGAUCGGAAAGCGUCACGUGGGAUUAGCGAUGCGCUCUGCGGAGCGGUGAUGUUCCAGGGAACUGGCCGUUUGUACAAUGCCAAUGGAGUCAAAGGGAGAAGAAUACAUUGUCUCUGUUAUUGACUGUUAUACUGUACAUGUAAAGAGUAGUGGAACUAUCUUUGUGAUCCCCAGCAAUACCCUCUGUGCUGUAAGUCAUAUACACGGGCGAAUUAGCGAAAAAAAAACGUCCACCCGCGGCGUGUGUGUGCAGGAGAAAAC